AUGUUGAGGCAACAACGACCGGGGGAUGUGCAGCUCGGGGCUUCCCCGUAUGAGUUGAUGGGCUAUAGGCAGCAGCUGUCUUCUUCCUCUGGCACUGCCACCUUCCUUCCUAAGCAAGUCCACGAGAAGCUGGAGCCACCUCUCGAGCAGCUCCAGCAAGGCGUGGGAAAAAAUGCCAAGGGUGGCAGCGGCUGCGGCGAGAGCGGAAGCAGCAGCAGCAACAAGACAGAGCUGAAGGAAGAACAGCAGCAGCUGAGGAGAAAAAUCAACAGCCGGGAGAGGAAAAGGAUGCAAGAUCUCAACCUGGCCAUGGACGCUCUAAGAGAGGUGAUAAUGCCCUAUUCUGCCGCCCACUGCCAGAGUUCCCCCGGCAGGAAGCUCUCCAAGAUCGCCACGCUGCUCCUUGCCAGAAACUACAUCCUUCUUCUGGGCAGCUCCCUCCAGGAGCUGCGGCGGAUCCUGGGCGAGAUGAGCGGGCCAGGGCCGCGGCUGCUACUCGCCGGCUUGCCCCUGUUCGCCGCCCCGGGUUCGGUGCUGCUGGCCCCAGGGGGCGUGAACCACCCGGAGACUCUACACUCCAGCAAGUACCUGUCGCUGGAGGAGCCGCCGUGUGGCCAGUUCCCUCUACCCGGCAGCCCUGGUCUGUGUACCUGUGCUAUCUGCAAGUUCCCGCAUUUAAUUCCCUCAGGCCUCGGGCUCGCUGCGGUACAGACACAGUUCUCCAAGUGA